AUUCACUAACCAAGUAAACACCAGGUAGUGCUUUAAGCCACGUUGUAGUGCUGUGUAAGGAUUUUUGAAGGCACUCAAUAUUUCGAGUUUUGUCACAGGUGAAAACAUUGAGUAUUUCGACACAGAUCAGCAAAAAAACUGAUUGUUAUUGGUGGUUUCGGUCACCUGGAUGCCCGUACAGUUCGCUACGGAGGAAAAACUUCAUGCCUUUAUGACGUAACGCUUUGAAGGGGUAUUCACUCAAAUGCAGAAGGUUACGCGGCCGUGAAAUCGACGUGCGUUCGUAUUGGGUUGGCUGUGAAAGGGGACGUGCGCUGGACGCGCUGGACGAUAGGCGCGCCGCUCCCGCGCUGGUGAGGCCACCACUUCCGCUGCGGCCGGUACCCGUGACAGCGGUGCGUGCCACCGCCAGCUGACGCCCGCUUCCCUGCAGCAGCGGAUACUGCACCGCCCGGCGACCUUUCGCCGGUGGCAGAGGCGCCCCGCAACGCUGGCCGCCGUCGCGCUGCGCCGCCAUGGCCGUGCCGUACGCCGUGCCGUCCGAUCCGCCGCGCGUGCUGGGUCUGCGCCUGGAGCGGCCGUUCGAGUGUCCGGGCCUGCGCGCCCGUCAGCUAGGUCUGGACCAGGCGUGCCUGGCGCUCAACAACAGCGGCACCUACCCCGUCACUCUCUGGGCCCAGGCCGAGGAGUGCCAUGGCUGUGACGCCUGGCCGUACGUGACGGUGGCGCCCUCAAAGGUGGGCUACCAGGUGGUCAACACCACCUACCCGACCCUGCUGUACCUGCAGUCGGACACGGGCUCUUCGGCCUGCAGGCUGCAGUACCACUUCGGCGAGUUCGGCUUGUACGAGCUCACCACCGGCCAGGAGUCGCCCGAAAGCUGCUCGAUGCGCGUGCUGACGGAGCCGGCCAACAUCUACGCCCCACUCCUGUUUGCUACUCUGACGCUAAUUGGUCUCACCCUGCUGAUCAAGGGCAUCAACAAGAUGAAUGAACACCAUCUCUUCCACCGCUUCAUCCGCUUUGUUGGAGCUUCGUCCCUCCUUCGUCGGGACCUGGGUGACCCGGAACAGUCGACUACCAUGCUGCCCGAGGACGCGGAGUCCUCGCCGGCGGCGGAGAAGUUGAAGACCAGGAUCCACUCGCUGGACGUGUUUCGAGGCAUCUGCAUCGUGGUGAUGAUUUUUGUCAACUACAAGGGUGGACACUAUUGGUUCUUCCGUCACGCGCGCUGGAACGGUCUGACCGUGGCUGAUCUCGUGUUUCCCUGGUUCAUGUGGAUCAUGGGCGCCAGUAUGGUGAUGUCACUGCGAGGCCAGAUUCGUCGCUCCGUGCCCAAGUCGCAGAUCUGGGUGCGCAUGUUCCGCCGCUGCUGUCUGCUCUUUCUGUUCGGCCUGGUAAUCAACUCGGACUCCUCGGAGGCGCGCUGGGACGGCAACAAGCUGCGGCUGCCGGGCGUGCUGCAGCGCUUCGCCCUUUGUUCCGUCAUCAUCUCCAGCAUCCAGCUGCCCGUGCUGCGCGCCGACGACGCCCAGAUGCCUCGGCGAUUCCCGUGGCUGCGUGACAUCAUCGACUGCUGGCCCCAGUGGCUCUGUGUGUCGGCCCUGGCUGCCGUCCACACCUUCAUCACAUUCCUCCUGGAGGUUCCCGGCUGCCCCAGGGGCUACCUGGGCGCCGGAGGUAUGGAGCAGGGCGGCCAGUUCGCCAGCUGCACGGGCGGCGCGGCUGGCUACGUCGAUCGCAAGGUGCUGGGGGUGCUGAUGUAUCACCACCCGACCUGCCGGCUGAUCUACAACACCAGCCUGCCGUACGAUCCGGAAGGCAUCCUGGGCGUGCUGACCUCAUGUGUAGCCGUCUUCUUCGGCUGCGUGGCCGGCCGCAUCAUCGUCAGCUAUCGCACCUGGCGCGAGCGGCUGCUGCGCUUCACUGUGUGGGCGCUGCUGCUGGGCUUAUUGGCCGGUGGUCUGUGCGGCUUCUCCAAAAACGACGGUGUCAUCCCGGUCAACAAGAACCUGUGGUCGCUGUCGUUUGUGCUGGCACUCUCCAGCAUGGCGUUCGUCAUGCUGACUCUGCUCUACCUGGUGGUGGAUGUGUGGCGCUUGUGGCUGGGCCGGCCCUUCUACUAUGCUGGUCUGAACUCCAUCACGCUGUACCUGGGUCACGAGCUGGGAACCAACUUGUUCCCGGUGUCACUGGUGGCUGUGGCGCCCACGCCCAACACGCACCUGGGACAGCUGUUCCUCAGUCUGUGGGGCACCCUGAUUUGGGUGUUCGUCGCUUGGCGCAUGUACCGCACCAAGACGUUCAUCGCGCUGUGAACGUGACAACCAGUCGCGGCACCGCGUGCGGGCGGAGGCCUCACGGCGCUCCCAGGUCGCGGCACCGCGUGCGGGUUGAGGGCUCACGCUGCCCUCAUGUCUCACUCUGGAGCACCUGGGGUAGAGCGCGAUACCCGCAGUGGCGACGCGGGGGGCUCAGACGUGACGAGAGAAAGACUGUCGCUUGCAGCGUGUCAUUUGCAGGUGCGAUGUUUCGAUUCCUCGAGCUGAUUGGAGCGUGGGACCGAUAUGGGGACCAUGGCAUGGAGUCUGGCGCGCCGGGGCGUACUUUGGCACUGCGUGACGUCACGCCGGGGAACUGCACACAGUCGGCCGCGGCGAUAUGAUAUUGGAGUAGGCUGGACUGUCCGAAUAACAGGCCUGGAUCACAGGCGUGCUGCCCAGUCAUUUACAAGCUUCCAGGUUUGCUCGUAUGGGUGUUGUCAGUCUUCACUUAUUUAACUGCUCGUGUGGUGUUGGAGCCCGUACGUUGUUACGUUCUCCUUUGGAUAUUGUGGAAGCAUGUUGUCUUCGUUGUAUGUGUGUGGUCUGCACGCAAUCUUUUGCACUUGAUCCGAUGCUUCUUAGCCCUGUUCACGCAUUUGCUGAUCUCCUGCGUGUCGUGCAACGCUGGUGCUUCAUGCGUGCUAGUCAGCCCCACGCGCCCUUUCGAAAUUGGCGAGUGCAACGCUGUGAAUUAGGGACGGGUGGCGCUGUGCUCGGCUCGUGAGCCCCUCCGACUGUUGUGUCGUCGGACAUUCGGUGCUGCGCGUGGUCAGCCCGUUACUGACUGGCGCCACAGGAGGGCACCAGGAACUCACGCGUAUCGAAAGACUGGUGCUGCUCUGUCACCGUUGUAUGAUAUUGUACAUAAUAAUGAUUGCAUACUGA